AUUUUUUGUUUGUUUCAAGUUAAUGGAGUCUAGCUCAGAGCUUUACACCGAAGAAAUGAAAUCAUCAACCUACAACUUCGACUUCAAGAACGCAAGCAUUCGGAUAAACUUCUUCCAGGACUUUUUCAUUUAUGUAGACUUUAAGCAGAAGACCAGGUGCAAGAUUCAUCUGUCUCAGUUCAAAUUUAACAGCGAAGAAGAUGAGGUUGCUCUUAAAAAGAAAUAUAAGCUUGAGAUUGGCAAAAAGAUAGAGUCUGGGGCACUUAAGAUCGAACCAUUCCAUAAGGUGUUCUUUGCGCCGAUAGAUGAGUUUAAGGAUACAGACCAGAUCGUUCAUAUCGCACCUCAUUUCGUUUACCUCAUCAGGGGCCAUAUUUCCACAUCCACGAAGGUUAAUGCGAUGGCUUAUGCCAGGGGAGGGAGUUUGCCAAAGAUUUAUAAGUUCGAUUUCAGUAAGUUUGAGUACAAACUUGUAUUCACGUUCAACCACGAUCUGUAUGGAUUCACUGCAACGAGGUACUCACUUAGUCAAGAUAGCAUCAUUGAACUUGUAAGUCCCUUCUCAAGAGAUGAAAUGAAUGGAAGUGGAUACAGAGGCUUUCUUGUAUUGGGAGGUAAAGGCAUCAAGGUCCCAAGAGAAAGCGAGAAUAGCUUCUUAAAGAGGUACUAUUUCUAUAUCACUCAUGAUGGAAAAGGGGAGCAUCUCGAUUCUAUGUAUAUCAUCAAGAGCAAGGCGAUGUACGUAAAGUCGGAUUCAAUCUCGAUUACACAUCGGAUAAACAAUUUGGACUAUGUAAUUUGUCAUGCUGGAAGCAGGAAGAAAGAUAAUAGUGAAUCAAAAGAAAUGGAAAUGACCAGCUCCUUUGAUACUUUGUUUUAUCAUAUUGACAAAGCCGCCAUGUGCUUUGGAACCCCACAGAUUGAUCAGUGCUCCUUCUGGAAUAGCACUAAGUAUGCCAUGAUUCCUACUGGAGAUUUCAUCUAUUUCUUGGGAGGUAGAUCUCUUGUUGAGGCUGAGGAUUUAAAUAAUGAAAGGCUUAACAUUAGGAAGCUUAAGAUUAUCAUGGAUCCCGACCAACCCUUGAAUAUUCAUAGUAUUACUGAGACUGAAGAUUUCCAUCCUGUUAGGAAGAGUGAGACGUUACUUUUUAACGAAGAGAGCCACUCCGAUUUAUGCUAUCUGAACUACAAUGAUAACACAAAGCCAUUAGAGACCAUCUACGGGUUGUUUACGACAUAUUCAGACCCACAUGAGCUGUACGUGUUAGAGUAUGACACUGAGAAAGAAAAGCCUGUUAUUAAGAACCUUAGGGUCGAUUAUAGACCUUUUAAGCAUAAGACUAAAGUUGUUAAGUAUUUCAUAUAUUUCAUGUAUUGGUUUGGUUAG